GGGUUAUGCUGCCCUUUUGUCCUUGGUGCUGUGGAUUUGCCUACUAGUGACUGGAAUGUGGCUGCCCCUGGUUACUAUGGCUCUCCUUGCUCAGCAGCUUCCUAAGUUACACUUCGGGCUGACCACUGGAGACAGAAAAGCGGUUCCAGACGUAUGAAGAUAUUCUCCUGAAAUACGUACACAGCAGAUGAAUGGCAAACAAUCUCUUCCAAAACCAGUGAGUGACAGUUGCUUCAGGAACCUUGCCGAGGAUCGUAGUGGGAUAAACCUUAAAGAUCUGGUCCAAGACCCUUCUUUGUUGGGUGGGACUAUAUCUGCAUACAAGAUAGUGCCAGACGAAAUAGAAGAAAUCAAGGAGACGCUGAUAGAUUGGUGCGAUGAAAAGGAACUUAAUUUGAUUUUAACAACUGGAGGAACAGGGUUUGCACCACGAGAUGUCACUCCAGAGAAAUUCCCAACAUUCCCAUUAUGUGGGCUCCAGAGAGGGGCCACUAAAGAAGUAAUAGAGCGAGAAGCCCCAGGGAUGGCCCUGGCAAUGCUGAUGGGAUCACUUAAUGUAACUCCUUUGGGCAUGCUCUCUAGACCUGUGUGUGGAAUCAGAGGGAAAACUCUCAUAAUUAAUCUGCCAGGUAGCAAGAAAGGGUCACAGGAAUGCUUUCAAUUUAUACUGCCAGCCCUACCUCACGCCAUUGAUCUUUUGCGGGAUGCCAUUGUAAAAGUAAAGGAGGUACACGAUGAAUUAGAAGAUCUACCUUCACCACCACCUCCUCUUUCUCCUCCUCCAACCACCAGCCCUCACAAGCAGACAGAAGACAAAGGAGUACAGUGUGAGGAAGAGGAGGAAGAGAAGAAGGAUAGUGGAGUUGCAUCAACAGAGGACAGUUCCUCUUCACAUAUAACUGCAGCAGCCAUUGCAGCUAAGAAGCAUCCAUCCUACACCAGUUCAGCAGUUAUCAUGGCAAAAGGUGAACAGCCCAUUCCUGGUCUCAUCAGUUAUUGCCAUCACGCAGCAGGCAGUGCAGGAGAACCGAUUCCAGAUUCCAUCAUCUCUCGUGGUGUUCAGGUGCUCCCACGUGAUACAGCCUCCCUCAGCACUACCCCUUCAGAAUCUCCUCGUGCCCAGGCCACCUCUCGUCUCUCCACUGCAUCCUGCCCAACACCAAAACAAAUUAGACGGCCGGAUGAAAGCAAAGGAGUUGCUAGUAGAGUUGGAUCCCUCAAACUCCAUCGAAAGCUGGAGGAGCUCAGAGAUCACCUAGAAGGCAAUGUCAAAGGAUGCUCUCUCCGAGUAAAUGCUCGGCUCCCUUCGUGCUCAUCCACCUAUAGUGUUUCUGAGCUCCACUAUAGGUUGGAAGGGCUUAAAGAUGAACUGAGGAGGAAUAGAGGCUACAACUCGAGAGUCCAGUCUAGGUGCAGCAGCAAGGAGAACAUCCUCAGAGCAAGUCACAGUGCUGUUGACAUUACCAAGGUAGCAAGAAGACACCGCAUGUCUCCAUUCCCAUUGACAUCUAUGGACAAGGCCUUCAUCACUGUUCUGGAAAUGACCCCAGUGCUUGGAACAGAAAUCAUUAAUUACAGAGAUGGAAUGGGCCGAGUCCUUGCUCAAGAUGUAUAUGCAAAAGAUAAUCUACCACCAUUUCCAGCAUCUGUAAAAGAUGGCUACGCUGUCAGAGCUGCUGAUGGCCCAGGGGAUCGAUUCAUCAUAGGGGAAUCCCAGGCUGGUGAGCAGCCAACUCAAACUGUGAUGCCUGGUCAGGUAAUGCGAGUUACAACUGGUGCUCCAAUCCCAUGUGGUGCUGACGCAGUGGUGCAGGUGGAAGAUACAGAACUCAUCAGGGAAUCAGAUGAUGGCACUGAAGAACUAGAGGUUCGAAUCCUGGUGCAAGCUCGACCAGGACAAGAUAUCAGACCUAUAGGACAUGACAUUAAAAGAGGUGAAUGUGUGCUGGCUAAAGGAACUCACAUGGGUCCAUCCGAGAUUGGUCUCUUAGCAACUGUUGGAGUAACCGAAGUAGAAGUUAACAAGUUUCCAGUGGUUGCAGUCAUGUCAACAGGGAAUGAGCUACUGAAUCCUGAAGAUGACCUCUUGCCAGGAAAGAUUCGAGACAGUAACCGUUCAACUCUCCUAGCUACAAUCCAAGAACAUGGCUAUCCAACAAUCAACUUGGGAAUUGUGGGAGAUAACCCAGAUGAUUUACUGAAUGCACUGAAUGAGGGUAUCAGUCGUGCUGAUGUGAUCAUUACAUCAGGAGGCGUAUCUAUGGGGGAAAAGGACUAUCUUAAACAGGUGCUGGAUAUUGAUCUUCAUGCACAGAUUCACUUUGGCAGAGUUUUUAUGAAACCAGGCCUGCCAACAACUUUUGCAACUCUGGAUAUUGAUGGCGUAAGAAAAAUAAUCUUUGCGCUCCCAGGCAAUCCUGUGUCAGCUGUUGUCACCUGCAAUCUCUUCGUUGUUCCUGCACUGAGGAAAAUGCAGGGUAUCCUGGAUCCUCGGCCCACCAUUAUCAAAGCCAGGUUAUCAUGUGAUGUGAAAUUGGACCCCCGCCCAGAAUACCAUCGGUGCAUACUGACUUGGCAUCACCAAGAACCACUACCUUGGGCACAGAGUACAGGGAAUCAGAUGAGCAGUCGUCUGAUGAGUAUGCGCAGUGCCAAUGGACUGUUGAUGCUACCUCCAAAGACAGAGCAGUAUGUGGAGCUUCACAAGGGGGAGGUGGUGGAUGUCAUGGUCAUUGGAAGGCUAUGAUGUCACCAGCAGGAGCGAAGCUUUGAUGCAUGUCCACAUAUCAUUGACUGUAUCCUGUAAUAUGCAACGGCACAGCUAGUUUUUCUGAUUUGGAUAAAAGUUGAUCAGUAUAGUCAACAUCUUGAAUUAUAUUUCAAAUGGAAUUUAAAUAAAUACCUUUUAAAAAAAUCUUUAAAAAGAAAUCUUAAUGAAGAAAUUUAUUCUGAUUAUAUCAAAGCAACUUUUUCCUUUCCUUGCAAUUGCUUUGUGUGUUCAAUGCUAGUUCUAAUAGCGGUAGCUUUUAGUAGACAGCAGUAGGUGCCUGCAGAACUUGUGUUUUUUCUCAUCUUUAAGAUACAACUACUUAUGCUCUUAAAACAAGGCUGUCUGCUUAUUUAUACUAGCGUAGACAACACUUGGAUUUCCCUUAUCAGUAUGCUUCAUAACCGCUUCACAGAGAGCUUCUGCUUGUUCUUUAUCUUGUAUCUCGUGUUGAUGUGCACAGUGCCAAAAGCGGAGUGGCUGCACUGGGAACCCAAUGAAGCCCCGAGGUUUCCUCACCUCGCUGCGCGUUCAGGGAUCUCUCUUGUCCCGGCAGCCACCCAGCUCAGUACUCUUGGGCAGUAACUGGAUACCUUUUAUUUCAACAAACAAAAAAUUGCUUCCUUAAGUGCUGACAGCCUUUUUAACCAAUACAUUUAAAAAUGUACAGAACUAAAAACUAAAAAAAAUCAAAGACUGAUCUUGUACAGAUAUUAGUGUUACCAGCAUUCGUGUGGAAAUUAAAUGAGCAAAGAAAUAAAACUAAUGUUAAACAACUCUGUACCAUAACAUUUUCUGUAAUGAUAUUGAAACUUAAAUGAAUAAAAAAAAUCCUCAAUCAUUAUU